UUCAAGGGUUACAUCUUCAAGAUAAUGGGAGGCUCUGAUAAGCAGGGUUUUCCAAUGAAACAGGGGGAUCUUACUCCAGGCCGUGUCCGGCUCCUCAUGCACCGAGGUGAAGUUCCAGAUACAAGUUUCCUGUACCCCUGCUUUUGUGGAUAUGGAAGGCGUGAUGGAGAACGCAGGCGUAAAUCUGUUCGAGGCUGCAUUGUCAGUCCCGACCUUUCUGUUUUGAAUUUAGUUAUCGUGAAAAAAGGAGAAAAUGGUCUGCCUGGUCUUACUGAUACUGAGAAACCCAGGAUGCGAGGGCCCAAGAGGGCUUCAAAGAUUAGAAAACUGUUCAAUCUUUCCAAGGAGGAUGACGUUAGAAAGUAUGUUAACACAUACCGUCGGACUUUUACAUCUAAAUCAGGUUAA